AUGAUCAGACCAGUCGCGACUGCUUUGAGUGACACGCGACGCGUUGUGGGACGCUAUCUGCGCAUAACCAAGUAUUCUGUCCUGGAAGUGCGCAUCUACCUAGACCGGCCAUCAGAGUCCGGCUGGUUGCUCUCCACCCGCGACAAUGUCCUCCCGCGCAUCAUCGAGGCAGUACGACCGAAAGUACUACCCAAGCUAAGAGAAGAGAACGAGAACGCCAAAAAGAAAGGCGGCAAGAAGAAGAAGGGCAUCAAAGAUGUGGUUGUCGGCGAGGACUUUGAAGUCACCAUCUUCUUGACCGAGCUUUCGACCAGGCAUUCGCUACUCACCAAGCAGAAGACCUUCAGCGACAAGCCGAAGCUGAAGAGCACAGGCAACAAGCUCUCGGGCUGGCUCAACAACAGCGCCGAAAACGCGAUACACGUUGAAGACGACGAGCAGGCGCCGGCGGUUCUACAAGAAGAGAAUGAUGAUGUUGCUGAGUUGAAGGAUAUUCCGGAGGCUGGUAGCGCAGGCAAAGGGAGAAGAGGAGCAGGUGAUGAAGAGGAUGAUGCUCUGUUCGUCAGCUCGAGCGACGAGGACUUCUUCCAAACGCAGCGCGCGCAGAGGACUAAAAAGCGCAAACGAUCUACGAAGCAGUCCGAAUCCGCUGAAGUUGGAGACGACGAAGAGACAAAUGCAGACGACAAGAAGAAGCUGGGAAUGAACACUUCGUACGACGGCUUUAGCAUCUACGGCCGGAUCUUGUGCCUUGUGGUGAAGAGAAAGGGCAAGAAAGCAGCCUCCGGUGCAGCGAGUGCGCCUCUGGGAGGCAGCCAAAUGAUGGAGCAGUGGGUUAGCACGCAGGCCGCGCAGGAGGCAGGGUUGGACGAGCUCGACGAUGGCUGA